AUGUUUGCAUCAGAAUUGAUGGUUCCAAAAGAACUAGAAUAUGACAAAAGAAUUGAAAUAUUUAAAACCUAUAUUCACAAUGAUAUUAAAUGUCACGAUGCCAAUGACAAAAGUGCUGUUAUUACCACCCUUAGGAAAUUAAUAAUAAUUUUAUUUCUCCCCAUUCAUACAAAAUCGACUAAAGUAAAUAAAAAUAAUCUAAAAAUUGUAUUUUAUUGUAAUCAUUCAGGAAAGACAAAAGAAACAUGUAAAGGAAGAGAUUGUGAAUAUAAAUUAAUUGUAACAUUAGGGUUUGAUAAUGUAAAUAGAGUAUUAGAAAUUAAUGAACACAAGCAUCCAUUGGACUACUUCUUUGUUGUAUCAAAAACAUGCCCUUUGUUAAAAUUUGAGAAACAUUUAAUUCCAAAAACAAACAACGAAAUAAUCAAGUUUCUUGCAAAUCAUCCUCAUAUUCAAAUUCCCCUUCGAAAAUUUAGACAAAUUCAGAGAGAAGAAGACAGAAAUCAAAUCCUUGAAAAUAUAUUUCUUUCAGAAUCAUUUUUUGAAAAUGAUUCAUUUAUUAAAUUAACAAAUACUUUCACUAAUGGCUAUAUUCAUUCCCUAAUGUUCAUUCACAAGAAAGUAGCCCAAAUGGAAUACAGUCAAAGAAGAUGGUAUGUUGAUGAUACUGCUAAAACAAAUAUAUAUAACAAAAACUUGUAUGCUGUUAUUGUAAAGGAUGAUAAUUCUUUUAACCAACUCCUAUCAUUUGGAUAUUUAUUUGAUCAAUCCGAAAAUUCGUAUAAAUUAUUCCUCCAUCAACUUCACAAUAUUUUAAAUUAUGGGCCCGAAAUCAUCGUGUGUGAUCGCAGUAUUGCUCAAUAUAAUGCUUUGAAACAUGUAUUUCCACAUUCCAAACUAUUCUUCUGCAGAAUUCAUAUAGAAAGAUCAUUGACAAAAUAUUUCAAGAAUGAUCAUAUAAUAAUGAAAUUAUUUCAUUUAACAAUGAACAUGAAGUUGAACGAAGAUGAUUUAAUUGAAACAUGGAAAAGUAUUGUAAUAAAAAAUAUUAAAAACUUAGAAGAAGACAGUGAUGAUGAAAGUAGGUACCAUGAUGAUAACGAAAGUAGUGACGAGGAAAAUGAUGAGCACUUGUUCGAACCAGAUACAGGUGAUAUUAUAAAUUCAGCAGAUGAACCUGACACAUCACACGAUAACAUUCAAGAAAUGAUGGAAGAAGCAAAGGGAAUACAUAUCAAUAAAGGACUGAUGUGUAUAAUUGAUUUAAUCGAACACAAAGAAAAUUGGAUUCCUUCUGAAUGUAUCAAAUAUGGGAUGUAUCGAGAUUUUACAACAAAUAGAGUAGAAGGAUUCUUUGGGCACUUGAAAAAAAUAAUUAAACAUAGCCAGGUUCCUUUCUAUUUAUUGACAGACAACGUUUAUGCACUUGGAAAUACAAUGUUUAAUAAUAUAAUUGGGAUUGAUCUUCCAGAAGAAAUUAUAGAUAACAACGAUCUUCAUUUUACACUACUGAGUGAGUUUGCAAAGAAGGUCUUAAAAACACAAUACAAGGUAUUGACUGAUCACGUAAUAUGUGAUGAGAAACAGUAUUGCAUUAGCUGUCAAAUAAGACAUGUCAAUCCUGCAGCAGCAUGGCCUUGUUGUCACCUAAUGAAAGAAGAAGAAAGAUGUCGUUAA